CCUCAAUAAUUAAUUCAACUACCAUAAAGGAAAAAGGAUAAAAAUUAUCACAUGAGAGACUCACUACUCCACUGAAAUCCACACCCUCUUCACCUUGCAAUCAUUGAGUAAAAAUUCAUGGAUGGUUUGAUCAAAGGUUUGGUCGACAUUGCGCUCGGCGUCGUAGGCGACCGCCGCGACGGAGAUGAUGAGUCCCGUGACGAACGCUCCAGAGCUACGUGGGCUGAGGUGGCGGCCGGAGAGCAGGAUAACGGUGAUCGUGCGGAUAGGCAUCGUCCAAAUCGGUCAAGAAGAGAGGAGGACAGUCAAAUCCGCAACGACGAGUGGGAGGCCCCGAACUCAAGACCUUCCAGGCCAUCGCAUAUGGCCGGGCAUGAAGGAUAUGAAAGGUCUGAAGUUGUUGAGCAACAUGAUUAUAACCAAAAUAACUGGAACAGAAGGGAGGAAGAAAAGAACAAAAAUGAUGGCUGGGAGACUGUUGGUAAACGGCCUCAAAGGCGACCACACAAGGUUCAGAUGGAUCACUGGCAAGGAUACAAGCGACCUCCUAGUGAGCAAGAAUAUUGCAAUGAGGUUGAAGUUGGUACGAACUUAAAGCCUUCAGAAGAGGAACUUGCUGACUUGUCCCAAGCUUGUAACAGGCUCUGGGAACUCGAUUUAAACCGUCUGGUUCCUGGAAAGGAUUAUCAAAUUGAUGUGGGUGAAGGGAAGAAGGUUUACCAGAAAGAAGAUAUGGCAGAAGGAAGCCUAUUUUCCUGGCUCAAUGAGGACAUUUUUAGGAGACCCACAUUUUCACGUUUCUGUUCUCUCUUAGAUAAUUACAAUCCGGAUGUAGGGCACAAAGAAGUCAUUUCAUCUGAAGAGAGACAAGAGCAGACUGCUUUCAUAGAAGAAAUCAGCAGAACUGCUCCAAUCAAAUAUCUUCACAAGUAUCUAUCUUUGAAGGGUAUUAUAUCUGAGAACUAUCAGGAUUUUAAGAGCAUGUUGGCUACGGUAUGGUUUGAUCUUCACAACCGAGGAGGUACAUCUGGCUCCUCUUCGGCUUUUGAACAUGUUUUUGUUGGAGAAAUCAAGCAGCGUGAUGAACAAGAAGUUUGUGGCUUCCAUAAUUGGCUUCAGUUUUACCUAGAAGAGGCAAAAGGAAGAGUUGAUUAUCAAGGUUUUAUCUUACCCCGAAGACAUGGGGAGAUUCCAGAUUCUGAAUCACAAUUGCUUACAAUUCAGUUUGAAUGGAAUGGCGUUCUGAAAUCUGUAUCAAGCACUUUGAUCGGAGUAAGCCCAGAGUUCGAAAUUGCUCUCUAUACUCUUUGUUUCUUUACAGGCAGAGAGGAUAACCAUAUUCAGCUGGGCUCAUACCCUGUUAACAUCAAGUGCUACCGCUUUGGAGACAGAAUUGGCUCUGUGUUUCCCAUAGCAGUGUCUUGAAUUUCAGGCAUUCUCAGAAAAACCGAGCAGCAUAUCCAGAGGAUAGGGCUAUUUCCAUAGAAGCUGUCUCAAACACAAAAGCUGCUGUGGAAAUAGGCGCACUCCAGAUGCAAUAUAAAGAUGGAAACAUAUCAAUCAAUUACAGUAUGACUACAUUUAUAACCCUACUAUCUUGUUUAUUAAGGCAUGUUGACUGAUUCUGAUCAUAUAAAAACUAGAGAAACACUGAAAACACUGCUUAUGUAAGUUCCCUUUGCUUUUAUAGUAUGAUGCAUUAGCUUCCAUGCUUCAUAAAAGUUCAUAGGUGAG